GGUGGCGGGGCUCUGAGGCUCCGGCCUGACAUCUCUACGGGGUCGACGGGAACGUCUCCGGUUGGCAGGAUUCGAAAAGGGCCGACCAGGAUGAGGAAACCCCAGGCGGAGUCCGGGGGAAGCAGCACGGCAUUCCAGCCUCAGGCCUGCCCGGACGCUGUUGGGGUAAGAUUGGGGAAGAUGCCAUGUGAUAGAAUCCACCCUGCCUCUGACAGCAUCCAACCUGGAGCAAAGGCGUCUUUCAACCCUCCCGCAAGCUCCCAAUACAAGCCCAAAUUCUGGAACAAGUCCUUUCCAACACCUCCUUCAGAGAAGCUCCCUGGCUCCAGGCAGUGCUUACUCCCCUCCCUGCAGCAGGAAGCCCAGCUUGCAAGCUGCAGGUGUGCUCCAGGUGGUCACUGGAUGCAGGGUAUUGACAGAUGGAUCCUAUCGAUAUGCCCACUGCAUAACCAUGUAAGCACAUCAUCCCCCACUUGCACAUGAGGAAACAGAGGUCCACAGGAUGGAGAAGGGAAGACAUAAUUUGUCCUUCAAAUGAGAUACUGAGCGCAAGAAUAGAAGACACUUCUCUGCACCCCAAAAGCUCCAUGCUGAUUGCGAGGAGGAAAUGCUGGAUGGAGGGGUUCCUGGAACUACUGUGAGGGGUGAGCUUUCCCCAGAUGUCUAGAAAUGAGGCAGAGGCCCGACAUCUUCCACCCCCACUAAGGUUGCCUUGCAGUUCCCAGCUGGCUCUAUACUUCCUAGAAACUGCCAUUUUUCUGCCUCCAUUACCUCAUAGCCCAGUCAGCACCAUUAUCAGCAUCACCAUGAUCGCCAUCACCAUCCUUACAAUCACCAACACUAUCAUCAUCGCCAUCACCAUUCUUACCCUCACCAUUCUCACCAUCAUCAACACCAGCGUCUUCACCAUAACUAUCACUAUCGUUAUCACCACCUUCACCAUCACCAUCCUCACCAUAAUAAUUAUUGUCACCCUCCCCAUCCUCAAAAUCAUCAUCAUUAUCAUCAUUACCAUCACUGUCAUCGUCACUAUCACCAUUCUCACCAUCAUCAUCCUCAUCAUCAUCACCAUUAUCCUCACCAUAACUAUCACUGUUAUCAUCACCACCUUCGCCAUCACCAUCCUUAUCAUCACCAUCACAAUCACCACCAUCACCAUUCUCACCAUCACCAUGUUCACCUUUACCAUUCUCACCAUCAUUAUCACCUUCAUCAUCCUCAACAUAACUAUCACUUCAUUAUCACCACCUCCACCUUCACCAUCACCAUCCUCACCAUCAUCAUCACCACCAUCACAAUGAUCCUUGCUACAUGGAACCAUGCAUUCUGGGUAGGAGGGCUCUUGGGUCAGGGCAUCUAAUACAUCUUGUAGGAUAGAAACCCAGCCCCUCAGGGUCUCACAGUUGGUGAAGUAACUGCUUCUUGUGAGGUCAUGUUCCUCUGGGUGAUGUGGGAUGUCACAAGACCAAUAAAUAUGAGCUGAAGCCCAUCGCAUCACUUCUUUUUUUGUAAAAUAAGCUCCAUCAUCAGUAGUAAUUGUAUGAUAGCAGAGAAUAAGAACUCAGCAAAUGUAAAUAAUUUGAUGCUAUGAGAAGCAUAUGAAGUGGAGUCCAUAUUUCAAUAUGCAUCUAUUCCAGUGAGGGCAAUUCUUUACCACUUCCAUGAAGGAAGGGAGAAAAUAUUAUUACAACAUUACCAGAAAUCUGUCUGGUCUAGGCAGGGCAGUUCCUCUUUCCAGGGUCUCAGCAUUGCUCAUUGUCGGCAGUCAGGGCACUCAUCUGGGCAGUGGGCAGCACUGCUGCAGGGAAGUUCAUGUUAUUGGAAACAUGUAGCAUCUUCUCCUGCUACCAUCGCCACAUUGUCCAUGAAACCACUGGGCAAAGGAUGAGGAAUCUGGGAAAAGUUCUCAUAACCAGAAUAUAAUCAUCCAUAUCAGGAUAUCAGCAUUCACCCAACACUGCUGUCCAAUCAACAGAUGCUAUAAUCUCAUCCAAAUUUUCUCAGUUGUGCCCUAAAUACAUUUUUUUUGAACUUUGUAAUCCAGGAUCCAAUCCAGGAUUUCCUAUUGCAUUAAUUGUCAUGUCUCUUAAGCUCCUUCAACUUCAAACAGUUCCUCUGUUUUGCCCUAUUUUUCAUAACCUUAAGAGUUUUAAAGAGCAUAAUUAUUUAUGAAGGAUGUGUUCACCUUUUUCCAUCUGAUGUGUUUCUACAUCCAGACUUAGGUCAUGUAUCUUUCACAAGAAAACCACAGAAAUACUGCUGUGGUCUUCCUAGGACAUCACAGCAGGAGGCACAUGAUCAAGUUUGUGCCAGAUUUCUCCACCACAAAGUCAUCAUUCUUCCAAUUGUAAUUGAGAAGUAUUUCAUAUGAAGAUAUUAAUUACACAUACACAUGAAUGUAUAUUUAUAUGUAAAAUAUAUACAAAAUAUUAUUUCAAUGUCUAACCAAUAUAAAAGUUAUUAAUUAGAUAUGUUUAAUUUUAUUUCCUACUAAGUCUUCAAAAUCUGGUGUGUGUUUUACCCUGACAGCACAUCUCAGUCCAGCCUCGCCACAUUUCAAGUGCUCAAUAUUCACAUGGCUGUGGCUACCAUCUUUGUCAGGGCAGCACUAAAGCACUAAAGAACUUCUGCCUUGGAGAAGUUCUAAGCUUUCAAAAUGUUUGGCAAAUACAUUUUAUAAAAUUCUUCAGAAUCCAUAAAUAGGCAAUUACACAUUCAGUAAGCCAUAGAAUCCAACAUGACAUUAAAAAUGAAUCCGUCGACAAAAAAGAAGUUAGGCAAAAUUUUCUUCAGACCCAAUGGGCAAAUCAAUUAUGAUUACCUAACAUGCCCAUCAUUAUUUGUUAACAUCCUUCAUUAAUACCCCCAAACCCCAUCAACAGGUAAAUGAACAAAUGCAUUGAGGCCUGUCUGAAAAAUGUCCCAGUUUCUUACCAUUCGUACUUCUUUUGCAAGCAGAAAAGACUCAGUAUUAGCAAAGACUAUUCAGAUAGUUUGUUCUUAUGCCAGUAGUUGUAAUUUCCCGGAGGUGCAAUACUUCUCACAAGUACUUUCCUGUUUGGCCAUUUUCUGCAGUAAUAUCCAUGCUCCCAUUUUCUCUAUUCUUUAAUUUCUAUCCUAGACUUUUCUUUCAUCCUAUAAUUCUUUAUCCUAAAAAUAUUAAUUUAAGGAUAACAUCACAAAGUAGUAUAUUUCUUCAGAUGAUACUCCAAAUUGAUACCUAAUAUACAGAAAUGACUAUCAUGGACAUAACCCACAACAUGUGAAAUGUAUGGCUCAUUCUACUGACAUUAUAAAGGAAAGUUAAUGACAACUGAAUUUCUAGUCAUUUUCCACCCAACAAGUUGCUUAUAAAAUGGCAAGGAAUUGUAGGUAUGUACACAGUGGCUAUUUUUUGGUGGGUUGUUCAGCAACUCUCCUCUUGAGAGCCCCCUUUUUCUUUGAGGAACAUUUCAAUGGGCACCAACUGGGCCUGACCCAACCUACCAGCCCCAGCCCCAGAGGUGAUCAUGCUGCCCAGCUAUGGCAAAAGACUCUACCCUUGGAUCAUGGCAACUGUUUCAGUACUUUUUUUUUUGGAAUCAUCAGGAAGGACUCUUGCUUUUUCUACCACUGUGGUCUGCAAGGACAAAGUAAAGUGGGUUAUUUGUCGUACUAUCUCUUGCUACAGAGGGAGAAGAGAGUCAUCUUCAGAAGGAAAAAAUGAGGCUAAAACAAAAGGAAAAGUGUCAAGAGAAAGAAGGAGAACAUUUCUUGAUGAUUUUAUAUAAGCCCCUGGGUCCAGCUAUGCAUGACAGUGACUUGGGUUAAAGCUCUGUCAUUUAUAGGACCAUUGACUUAAAUAUAAAAUAAAGUAUUAAAAGCUAUGAACUUUUAGAUGAAAAUACAGAAAAAAAAAUCUUUGUAAUAUUCAAUUUAUCAAAAAUAUCUUAGAUGAAGCCCCAAAAAUCAAAUGCACAAGAACAAUUAAUAAAUUGGACCCCAUCAAAAUUAAGAGCAUCUGCUAUUUGGAAGAUAGUGUUAUGAGAACAAAAAAGAAAACUCAAGGGGAAAAUGCUGGCAAGUCUCAUAUCUAAUAAGGGAUUUGAAUCCAGAGUAUAUAAAGAAACUAUUAAAAUUUAAUAAUGAGAAAAUAAGCAAAGAAAAAAACCAAAAAGGAAGAAGCAAAAAAAAAAAUGUGAACAUACACUUUACCAAAUAUAUACACAUGGAAUGUAAGUACAUAAAGAGAUACUACAUAUUAUUAGGCAUUAUGGAACCACAAUAAAAUACUAUUGUACACACAUGAAAAUGUCUAAAAUUUUUAAAGAAGGUCCAUACAAAGGGUUGGCAAGAAUGUGGAAUUCUUAUAUAUUGCUGAUAAAAAUAUAAAAUGGUACAACCAUUUUGGCAAACAUUUUGACAGUCUCUUAAAACUAAACCUAAACCUAUUAGCUGUUACACUCGUAAUAUUUACUCAAAGUUAUAAGAACUUAUGUACAUGAAUGUUCAUUGCAAAUGUAUUUGUAUAAGUCCAAAGCCGGAAGCAAUGCAAAAACCCAUCAACAGGCAAAUGGAUAUAUAAGUUGUGACCGAUCUGCACAAUAGAAUACUACUCAGUAAUAAAAUUAAUGACCCAUUGAUGCCUGCAAUGUAGCUGAAUCUCAAAAUAAUUAUGCUGUGUGAAAGAUGCCAGACCCCUCCAAAAAAGGGUCCAUACUACACUUCAUUUAUAUAAAUGUCUAGACAAGGCAAACUAUUUUAUAGUGACAGAUUGGUGAUUGCCAGGGAGAGUGGUAAGGUAGGAAGAUACAGAAAGUUUGGGAUUAUAAAAGGGCAAGGGUAAACUUUUAUGAGUGCUGGAUAUGUUCAUUAUUUUUAUUUUGGUGAUGGAUUUGCAAGUACAUAUAAAAAAUAACACACAAUAGAAGUAGAAAUAGUAUUUUUGUUUCUUUCUUAAUAAAGCACAAUUUACUUACUAAUGGGAUGUGUGUGCCUGCUGGGCACACAGCACAACUUUUCAAAUCUUAAAAUUGGACUGGAUCUCAACCAUUGGACCUUAUUCCUAUUCCACACUGACUUUAGCACAAUACUUGCUUUCAUCGCGGUAAUUAACAACACCCACCUUAAAGGUAAAGAAAUGCACUUCUAACUAACUGCUUUUGAAACUAUGAACUGCCUCAGGCUAGUAGUUCUUAAGGUCUGCAGCAAAUGUUGCUUUGUUUCCCUCAAAAAUAUACAGCCUGGGCAACAUGGCAAAACCCCGUCUCUACUAAAAUUACAAAACUUAGCCAGGCAUGGUGGUGCAUGCCUUACUCAGGGAGGCAGAGGCUGCAGUGAGCCUAGACCUCACCACUCCACUGCAGCCUGGGGGACAGAGUGAGAUCCCCAUCUCAAAUACACACACA